AUGGCGUCCGCAGACGAGCUCAAGACCAAGGGCAACCAAGCCAUCGCGGCGAAGAAUUUCGAUGAGGCCAUCGAUUUUUUCACCCAGGCUAUAGCCAUCCAGCCCGAGAACCACAUUCUCUACAGCAACCGAUCCGCCGCCCAUGCCUCCAAGAAGGAUUGGAAGCAUGCCCUUGCCGAUGCUGAGAAGACGACACAGCUCAAGCCCGACUGGGGCAAGGGCUGGGGAAGGAAGGGUGCCGCAUUGCACGGCAACGGCGACCUUCUCGGUGCCGCUGAUGCGUACGAGGAGGGCCUAAAGAUUGACCCCAACAAUGCCCAGCUCAAGAGUGGCCUCGACUCCGUGCAGAAGGCAAUUGAGACUGAUGGUGGCGAUCCGGGUGCCGGCCUUGCCAACAUGUUCAGCGACCCCAACCUCAUCCAGAAGCUUGCGUCUAACCCCAAGACGAGCGCGUAUCUCGCCGACCCCGCUUUCAUGCAAAAGAUCAACCAGUUCCGGGAGAAUCCCAAGAACGCGCAAGACAUCUUCAACGACCCUCGGAUGAUUCAAGUAUUGGGCCCCGAGGAGGAGGACGAGGAGGCACUUGAGAAGAAGAAGGCCAAGGAGGCUGCCGAGAAAGAGAAGGCCCUCGGAACCGAGAACUACAAGAAGCGCAACUUCGAUGAUGCCAUCAAGCACUAUAGCAAGGCAUGGGAGCUUCACCAGGACAUCACUUAUCUUAACAACCUUGGCGCCGCGUACUUCGAAAAGGGCGACUACCAGGCUUGCGUGGAUGCUUGCACCAAGGCUGUCGAGGAGGGCCGACGCCUACGAGAAGUUGGGCGACCUCCCCUCGCCAUCCAGAACUACCAAAAGUCGCUUACCGAGCACCGUGUUCCCGAUGUCCUCAACAAGCUAAAGGCUGCCGAGCGCAACAAGAUUGAAUCCGCCCGCCUAGCCUACAUCGACCCCCAGAAGGCCGAGGAGGCGCGCGAGGAGGGCAACAAGAAGUUCAAGGAGACGGACUGGCCCGGCGCCGUCGCCGCCUACAGCGAGAUGAUCAAGCGCUCCCCCGAUGACCCCAGGGGAUAUAGCAACCGCGCUGCCGCCUUUCUCAAGCUCUUCGAGCUCCCCAGCGCGCUCGAUGACUGCGAGACUGCCAUUAAGAAGGAUCCCAAGUUCAUCCGUGCCUACAUUCGCAAGGCUCAAGUAUAUCACGGCAUGCGCGAAUAUUCCAAGGCCGUCGAUGCCUCUUAUGCUGCCAUGUACUCGGCCCGCGAAAAUGAGUCCGAAGAGCAGACUAGGGAGCGUCUCCAGCGCGACCCCGAGAUCAUGAGCGUCAUGCAAGAUCCCGUCAUGCAGUCCAUUCUGCAGCAGGCUCAAUCUGACCCCGCUGCUCUUGCCGAGCACAUGAAGAACCCGGGCGUCAGGUCCAAGAUCCAGAAGCUUGUGGCUGCUGGUGUCAUCCGCGUCGGGCGAUAA